GCGGGAGCGGGGCCGAAGACAUAAAAGGCGGGUUCCCGGAACACUAGAGUGAGUCUCGCGGCUGAGGCGUGAGGAUGGCGUUUCGUGGGAAGAGACCGGAGCACGGCGGGCCCCCGGAGCUGUUUUAUGACAAGAAUGAAGCCCGGAAAUACGUGCGCAACUCACGGAUGAUUGAUGUCCAGACCAAGAUGGCUGGGCGCGCAUUGGAGCUCCUUUGUCUGCCCGAGGGUCAGCCCUGUUACCUGUUGGAUAUUGGAUGUGGUUCUGGGCUGAGUGGAGAUUAUCUCUCGGAUGAGGGGCACUAUUGGGUGGGCAUCGACAUCAGCCCUGCCAUGCUGGAUGCGGCCUUGGACCGAGACACUGAGGGAGACUUGCUUCUGGGGGACAUGGGCCAGGGCAUUCCCUUCAAACCAGGCACCUUUGAUGGUUGUAUCAGCAUUUCUGCUGUCCAGUGGCUCUGUAAUGCAAAUAAGAAGUCUGACAUCCCUGCCAAGCGCCUAUACUGCUUUUUUUCUUCUCUUUACUCUGUGCUGGUCCGUGGAGCCCGGGCUGUCCUGCAGCUGUAUCCUGAGAACUCUGAGCAGUUGGAGCUGAUCACGAUCCAGGCCACCAAGGCUGGCUUCACUGGUGGCGUGGUGGUGGAUUUCCCCAACAGCGCCAAGGCAAAGAAGUUCUACCUCUGUUUGUUUUCUGGGCCUUCGACCUUUCUGCCAAAGGCCCUGACCGAAACUACUGAUGAAGAGGAGGCCACGGAGUCUGCGUUCACGAGUGAGAGGACAUCCAUGGGUCCGGCGCUCAGGUGCUCAGGAAAUGGUUGUUACUCAAAUGGCGAGCGGCCCUCCGUGGCAGGAAUUAUGGUGGAAAUCGUUUGAGCCCAGCUGCCAGCCAGGGCUGGAGGCCAACAUCAGUGCUUGAGGAUCCUUGUCGCGGCUGCCGUGAGCUGACAGCCUUGUUUUCCUGCCUCAGACAUCUGUCGUUGCUGGGAACCCCCACUUGGUCUAUGCCAGGCACGCCGACCCCGCAGCCGGACUAGGGUCCGAAGUCGGCAGCACUGGGCAUCGGGCCUCUGGCUGUCCUUGGCAGUGCCAGGCUCUCAAGGGCUGACCCCGGCCCAUGUUGCCCUAAAAGUAGCUCGGCCCCCUGCCUGCCUGACAGGCAGCACCUAACAAGGGAACACACCUAAACAGGUGGUCACUGCCACAAAGAUGCCCGUGAGGGAGUGGGGCCUCUCACCUCCCGCUCUUCUACCAGACAACUGCUUUGGCCCCAGGGGAUCUCACUGGGGGAGGAGAGGUGUCCAGAAGCAGGGACUUCUGUGGCAGGGGCAUCGGAGGCCGCCUGCCUCGGGGAGGACCACUAUUUUUUCCUGCGUGGACUAGCUUGAGUGCCACGUGGGUUCCACCCGUUUCCC